AGAAUCUGUCGUUGUCCAAUCGUCAUCCUUAUCCCGCCCCUUCGCUGACGCAAGAGAGAGGUAGCCAAUCACUAAAGAGAAACCCCGGAAGGGGCUGGAGUUUGGAGUUGGCGUGUGUACGACCCUGCUAGUUUGGUAAGGGACGCAGCCUGCGGCGAGAUGUCCUGGCCCGGCCUUCUCCAUGGCCUCACCACGUCCCUCAGUCGUGGCCUAGCCCUAGCUCCCCAGCUCUGGGCCACCCGUUCCAUGGCCACCCUGAACCAGAUGCACCGCUUAGGCCGCCCGAAGGAACCCCCUAAGCGUCUGGGCCCCACGGAGGGCCGGCCCCAGCUGAAGGGUGUGGUGUUGCGCACAUUUAUCAGGAAGCCGAAGAAGCCCAACUCCGCCAACCGGAAGUGCUGCCGAGUACGCCUCAGCACCGGCAAAGAGGCUGUCUGCUUCAUCCCCGGCGAGGGCCACACCCUGCAGGAGCACCACGUGGUCCUCGUGGAGGGUGGUCGCACCCAGGACCUGCCUGGGGUUAAACUCAAAGUUGUGAGGGGCAAGUAUGACUGCGGCCACGUGCAGAAGAAGAAAUGACCAUAAUUCACAGUGAUCUGCUACUGGAUCCUUGGAAACGGGUUCUUUCUGCUCCAGGGGCAGCUUUUCUUGGGUUCAAAUCUUACUCUGACUCAGCAAGAUGCUAUUAACCUGCAAGAUUUCUGAAGGUGAAUUGGAAGGAGGAACUCUUGUGCCCACUCCCUUGACUUCCAUGUUCAGUGUCUGCAGGUUGACCUCAUGCGCUGGGAUGGGGGUUGUAAUAAACAUAUCUUCAGGUUGUGAUGUCA